GUUGGUUCGACGAAGUUUCCUCUGGUUAAAGUUCGCGGUUAUAAAGCUGCUGUUAGCUAGCUGUUAGCUGGGAGCUAGCUGGGAGCUAACAGCUGUCUGCAGAUGAGAGAAGCAGCUGCAGCGCUGGAUCCUCGAGAUGUUGAGCGAGCCCAGGCUUUCUGGGCGGAGGAGGACGUGGAUCAGUUGUUUAACGGCGUCUUGUCGUACCUGGACCACCUGAAGAGAGUCCUGAAGAAGAACACGGCCACAGACAAAGAGCUGGUUCAGGCGUUGAAGCUGCUGGAGUCUCUGGACCUGUGUCCCUCGGUGUCGGUUCAGGACUCGUCCGUCGUCCAGGUGGUCAUCGGUGCAGGUGAGGUGCUGCCAGCUGACUUCCCCCGCCACAGUCCCUCCCCCUCGACCUCCCCCGUACCUCCCACUAAUGGCCUGUCCAGCCCUGCAGCGCCCCCUGCUGUCAGAGAGGAGCUGCUGCCUCUGCUGGCCCCUGUCCAGCUGCAGUACCACCCCCACACCUGCUGCAAGACGUGCAUGCCCAGUUUACCCAGCAUGCCUCAGUCCAUGCCUCUGUUCUGGGCACAGAACCCUCUGAAGGUUCCGCUGCUCUGCGGCUUUAAGAGACUGAGCGCCGUGCAGCUGAUGUCACCUGGAGGGGGGGCGGAGCCUGUGGAGUCCCAGCAGGCGGAGCAGUUGGAUGCAGACGACUGGGACGUGGUUUACAGAGCGCCUUGUGGACAGAUCCUUCGUAACCAUGACGAUGUGAUGGAUUUCCUGUUGGCUACGGAGAUCGACGACGUCCUGCAGGUCGACUUCUUCACCUUCAACCGCUCUGUUCAUUUGGACCCUCCUGUGGCGCCGAGGUCUCAGCGUCCAGAGCUGGACCUGAGUCGUGGCGUGGAGCCCACACCGGUGGAGCUGUGCCCCAGUGACGGCGGCGCCCGUCCCGCUGAGUUCCGCUACAGGAGGGACCGCUGGCCGCACGGCUGCUUCCUGAGCCGCGGCGCCACGCUGUUCAACGCCUGCUGCGAUUGUGUCGACGGCUGCACAGACGCACAGAGCUGCGCCUGCAUCGCUAUGAACAGAGGAGGGCGCUGUUACAGCCACCACAGGCUGAGUGAACCCGAGUCGUCAGGGCUGUAUGAGUGCGGUCCGUGGUGCGGUUGUGACCGGGCUCGUUGUCAGAACCGUCUGGUCCAGCGAGGGAUCAGAGUCCGGCUCCAGGUUUUCCAGACCGAGGACCGUGGCUGGGGCGUGCGUUGCCGUGACGACGUGGACCGUGGCACUUUUGUUUGCAUCUACGCAGGUGUGAUCCUGCAGCGGGUCCAGACUCCCCUGGAGCCUCUGCCGCCCAAACUGGCGAGGUUCGAUCUCCCGUCAGACGACGAGGUGGAGGUCGUCACUGAGUGGCUGGCCCCGCCGGUCCUGGAGGGGCGGAGCAACCUGCUGGAGACGUCUCCGCCACCUAAGUCCCCGCCCACCUCCCCACCUCUGCACGUCCCAGUGAUCCAGAGGCCGCCGGACGCCGCUGCGCUGCAGGUUCAGACGGUGGUUCUGGGAGGUCCGGAGCCGCCGCCCCCUUCAGGUCCCAUUACUUUACAAUCUAAAGUGAAGGGACAUCGUCCGUCAGGUGACCAGAAGCUCGGCGUUACCGUGGAGACGGCGAAGAAGGUGAGCAUGAAGAGCGGCUCAGAGACGUCGGAGCAGAAGAGUCUGAAGAGAGCGGCGAAGGUGGAGGACGUUCAUGUUCUGGACGCCAGCCGGGAGGGAAACGUGAGCCGCUUCAUCAACCACAGCUGCCGGCCGAACCUCUUCGUCCAGAACGUCUUCACCGACUCCCACGACCCCGCCUUCCCCGUCAUCGCCUUCUUCACCAGCAGGAGGGUGAAGGCCGGCACGGAGCUCACCUGGAACUACUCCGCUGUCGGACACACGGCCGUGCUGCCGAAACAGGAAGUGACGUGUCUCUGCGGGAGCGAUGGUUGUCGGGGUCAGUUCGUCGUCGAGGAAAACCUGUGUGACGUCUGCGAGGUCGAAGGUCGAGAGGCCCGGUGACGCUACGACCCAGGUUCAGACGCUGCCGCUGUCAACACGACACAAACGCACUUCUACUGUUGUUCUGUAAAAACACGUUUUUUCAUAAUAAAAUGACAAUUAACAAUUAA